AUGGAAAUAGCGGCUAAGAGGCCUCGCAUCGAGGGCCAAGACAGGAAAUCGGAAGGAGCGGAGGGUCCCACACCUUCAACUAGAACGUUACCUGAAGUUUCUAAGAAAGACGAGGCUGCUGCCGCGGUAGCAGAGUCGGUCUACAUUGCUGGGCGAUACUUAAAGUUCUCCCGCGCGCUGAGCCAGUCCCCAUGGACGGUGGAUGAUGAGCAGAUGGGAGAUGGCUCUGUCCAGGAUCUAAUAGCAUCCCACCUGCUGCCUCUCCUCCAACCACUCUCGCACAAGUUCCAAGCCGCUGGGCGUGAGGACAUUGAUGUGCGCAUGCUGGGUUCAGGGCGACCGUUUCUUCUGGAGCUCAAAGGGGCGAGGCGAGUGCCUACGGCUGAGGAGCUAGGGAGGAUAGAGCUGGAGAUAAACGAGCAGGAGAGGGGCAAGGUGAGUGAUGGAGGUUGA